UCCCUCUGGUCCCUUUUUUAUAUUUCCAGGCUUGCAUUUCUCUCUCCUUCCUUGCAACAAAAAAACUCAGAGAGAGAGACUGGCUCAGCCAGUUUGCAAAAAGCAAAAAAGAAAGCGUGUCAGUUUCCGAAGAAGCCUGUCAUGUCAAUUUCACUUGGCCCAGAAACCAAAGCAGGCUUUCCCCUCCGGAGUGUGGGGCCGCUGCACCUUUAAGAGAAGGGAGGGACCCCUUUCUCUCUUUUUUUUUUACCCUGGGAGCAACCAGGAAGGGAGUUCACGGCAUCAUACGGGGCUUUGCAUCUACUGUUAACAGUAGGGGCAGGAACAGCGGAGAGAGAGAGAGAGACCAGAGAGGGAGGAAGGGAGGACCGGCUGGUAGAGCUGCUCAGGAAUUGACUCCAAACUCCAGGCGACCCCCUCCACUCUCUCCUCCUGGCUCCCACACGUUCAGGACCAACAAGCCCUCUGGUGUCAGCAUGGAGGGCGGCGUAGACGGCCCCAUCGGGAUCCCGUUCCCCGACCACAGCAGCGACAUCUUGAGCAGCCUGAACGAGCAGAGGAACAACGGGCUGCUCUGUGACGUGGUGAUCCUGGUGGAGGGGCAGGAGUUCCCCACCCACCGCUCGGUCUUGGCGGCCUGCAGCCAGUACUUCAAGAAGCUGUUCACCUCGGGGCUCGUGGUGGACCAGCAGAACGUGUACGAGAUAGACUUUGUGAGCGCGGAUGCCCUUUCGUCUCUGCUGGAGUUCGCCUACACCGCCACCCUUACCGUCAGCACAUCAAACGUCAGUGAGAUCCUCAACGCCGCCAAGCUGCUAGAGAUCCAGGUGGUAAGGGACGUUUGCACGGAUCUCCUGGACAGGAAGAUUCUGGCCAAGCAUGACCAGAUGGAUACAGUAGAUCAAAUUGAUCAGAGGAACCAUCUCAGAGCAAAGGAGUACCUGGAGUUUUUCCAGAGCAACCCCAUCAACGGCCAACAGGGCACUUACCCAUGGACCAACCCAGACUUGAGAGACCUUCAGAGGCUCAGCUUCCGUGGCCAAGAGGAAGAGGACGAGCCAGACUGCAACGGCAUGGACUUCUACUCCCAGGCCGCCCUCAGUGACAGACCAAAGGCGAACGACUGUGACCCCGACAGCAACCACGCCAUGUGGCUAGACCGGGAGGAGGAGGAGGAGGCGUCGGUGGCCGCCCGAGGACCUUUGUUCCCCGCCUCCCAGAACGGACGAUUUGGCGGGCGCAAACUGCAAGCCACCGCAGGAGAUGACGAGGUGCCGGCGGGGGCUCAGCUGGACCAGCGAGAGGUUGGGGGCUCCCCCGCCUUCAUUCCCGGGGGAGGGGAGGGCGAGGAGGCAGACGCCCGAGAGGUGGACGGCCUGGCAGCCAGCGCCCUCCUACAACAGAUGAUCAAUUCCGUGGGCCGGCAGCAGCUGGCCGAAGAGGACCGCAAGGACGACGAGGGGGUCGUGGAUUAUUACUUGAAAUACUUUAGCACUUCCCAAGAGGGCGGCGAAUACCCGUCCUGGUCCCACAAGGUGGAGAAGAAAAUCAGAGCGAAAGCAUUCCAAAAGUGCCCCAUUUGCGAGAAGGUGAUCCAGGGGGCAGGCAAGCUCCCACGGCACAUCCGGACCCACACAGGCGAGAAGCCCUAUGAAUGUAACAUUUGCAAAGUUCGGUUUACGAGGCAGGACAAGCUGAAGGUCCACAUGAGGAAGCAUACUGGUGAGAAGCCCUACCUGUGCCAGCAGUGUGGGGCGGCCUUCGCCCACAACUACGACCUGAAAAACCACAUGCGUGUCCACACGGGCCUGCGCCCCUACCAGUGCGAGAGCUGUUUCAAGACUUUCGUCCGCUCCGACCACUUGCACCGACACCUUAAGAAAGACGGCUGCAACGGGAUCCCUUCCAGAAGGGGGCGUAAGCCGCGGGCAAGAGAUGUGGCCAUCGCCCCUGCCCCGGCCACGAAUCCCGACGACGGGAGCCUUGCGGAGGGCGAGGUGAAGCAAGAGCCAGAGGAGGCUGCACCGCCACAGGACGUCCCGGAAGAGCACUUUGAAGAUAGUUUGAGCGCCAAAGCAGCGCUGGGGAGUUUGAAUGUAGCAAGUGGUUCCUUUGAGGUUAAAACGGAAGAACUCUCCUAAAACCAAAAAAAAAAAGAAAACGGGGAAAAAAGAGGUGUCACAAAAUCUAGUUAUAACUUUCCUCCAGUUCCUCUUUUAAAAUAUGAUUUCUUCGCCCGUUUUGGGGGGGGGGGAAUUAGCCUUAUAAGUCUGUCAGAUAUCUCUGUUUGUGAUCUUCCCCUUAAGAGUUGGUUUAUCGUACCCUCAUUGAUUUUAAAGUUUUCCCCUCUCCUUUUAGAAAGCGAGGAAAGGUUUUGAAGGGGGGAGGGAGGUCUAUAAACCUUGAAAUGACGCUUCCAGAGUUUUAGUUUGUUGAAUGUUUUAAAAUUAUACAUAUAUAUUAUAUUGGAGAUUUUAUCUAUUUUUAGCGAGUAUAAUGUUCCAAAGGAACCAAAGUAGGAAGAUAAUUUUGUUGGCUGGGUUUAGAAAUCCAGGAAAUUGUGUGUGUGUGGGGGGUCUUUCCUACCUUCCUCUUCCCCCUUCACAUCCACCCCACCCCAAUCCUGAAGGUGCUCAUUUAAUUUAUAAAAUUCAGUUUUAUAUUAUGUAACUUUUCCCAAGGCUGGUUUGAGGGUUUUUUUGAAAAGGUGUCCGGUGAAUGAGCCAAUCUGACGGGUCACUUUCUGGGGUCCCAGCAGUCUCCAUAGGCAAACCAGUCGCCUGAAUUCUUUCGGCUGCUGACUCCCCAUGAGAGUUUUAGAAGACCGGGAUAGGGUUCACGUUACCCUUGCAAGAUUUUGGGGCGCGGAGGACGCAGUCCAUCCCUCAAAUCAACAGAGCAGAUGUCCAUGUUGCAAAUUUAGCCCCGUUCAGUAAUGACAAUAAAAAAUAGUAUGCCAAGUGCACGGAUUGUUGUGAAUCCGUUCCGUUUUUUCUGCUGUUGUCAGUGAGCCCCAACUUCGGGUCCUAAAGGGGAGGAGCAAGGAGCAUUUUGACAGCAACUCUCAUCCAAACUUUUAGCACCUAACGUUGCCACAGGUGUGUCCCACUCCAAUGGCGUCAAGCUGGUUUACAUUAAAUGUGUCCUGCUGGCGUCUAGGAGAUUGGAUAGGGUUGCGCUGUUGCAAUAGAGCCUCCCAGCCCUUCCCUUGUGAAUGCACUCCGUAAAACGGCUUACUCCAGAGAAAUGCUGCUGAGAGUCCAGAGUUUCUCCAACACGGGCUGCUUUGAGAACUCCCGUUCAAAGGCCCCAUCCCCUAGGCUCACCCAUUUCCAAUGGGGCUCCCCCUUCCUCUGCUCAAUUGGUUAGGGUUAGGGUUCCGUUAAAAGUCUCUCCUCCUUCCUGGCAGCAAGACAGGGUCUUGGGUGUUGGGUCUUUUGUUAUAUUUGGGGAUUAAAAGCUUACCCUAGUAUGUGUUGCAUUUGCAACGAAAUGAAACCAAAUUUUGAUAGUGUUUAAAAGGGUUGCCUACAAGAAGAGGUAGAGCUGAAUCCCAAUGUUAGUCUUACUCAGACAAGACCCAUUGACAGCAAGGGAUGUGACCAAUUUGGGUCCAUUCGUUUCAGUAGAUCUACUUUGAGUAGAACUCAACAAUUUGCUGUUACAGAGCUGCAUUCAGCUAAAUCGUUGCGCUCACAGAAGGCAGCGCAAGGAUUCCCGCUAGCAUAAUGGGAGUUUCCCCCUCUCCUCCCCUGUGUGGCCCCCACCCCAAAUCUUCCCCAGAGGGUUGAGAGAACCUCCCCAGAGCAGCAUACAGGGGCAAGGAGAGGGGGGAAUGCAUUCCAUCGGGCCAGCAGAAAUGCUUGCGCUGACAGAAUGGUUUCCUUAGCGAUAUGUUGAAUAUAACCUAGGUAGUCUUUAAGCAUGAUGCUAUGCCCCUCAACUGAGAUUCUUUUAAGAGCACCCUCUUUUGCAAUGCACCUCUGUUGGGCGCUGCUGAUGGGAGCUAUCCCGGAAGGUAUGUUUGUCUAAAAAAUUCCCUCUCCGCCAUGCUCUAGCAGGGAAACUCCAGCCUUGAUCUUAAAUUGGAAGAAGUGAUAUUUAAGAGAAGUCCCCCCCCCCCGCAUUUCUACCCUCACAGGAGACUUUACGUAGACCCUCUAGUAACUUUGGGCAUUGUCCCAAACCAUCAAAAUGCUUGAUCUAGCUUUGUAAAGCUUUUGGCAAGUCACAUUUGGGGUUGCGCCAGCCUCUCUGCACCCAGCGCCUGUGCGCCAUGUUUGAUGGCGGGGAGGCUGGAGCGAUAAAACAUUAGCUUGAUAGCUUCCCAAGGGAAGCGCUGGAAUCUUUUAAGGUAAAUUUGGGAGGCAGAGUGGGGAGAGUUCUUAUCCCUUUCAUAUCUUUAGGGUUAGCGUUUGGCCUUCAUGAGCACCUCAGGUUAGGGGGUUUGUACUUCACUCCAUGGGGGGGGGUGCAAACACGCCAAGAACUUUGGGGAUUCUUAUUGAUGGAAGGGCAAAAUGUGUUGGCAGUGUUGGGGAUGUUUUGCCAAAAUAAAAUAAAGUUGGCAAUGCAGAGGAGGCAUGCUUUGACUUCAAGUGACCUCUCCCUCUUCUUGUGGGGUGAAGUACAGAUCCUUCAGUGUCCCCCUUUUUCUCCUCUUCCCCCCCCCCGUCUUUCCAGCCAUUCCUCUGACCCCUUGUUGGUACUUAAGUAUGUAUGUGGAGGUCACCCGCGUACGCAGAAGAUGUCAAACCCCUUGUGCAAAAACAAGCCAGUCCUGGCCAAUGCACUGAAACAAAAGUGGUUUUCCCCCCCCAAUUAAUGCCCACCUCUUUUACACCACCUAACUGAAAUUUAAAAGGUAUUGGUUUGGAUCAAGACGAGGUUGGUGGUCCAAGCGGUCUUCUGUGGUAACCAUUUGAAUCACGCUUUCCCCCCCAAGUGUAGAAGUAGCAGUCUAGAUCAUGCAGAGGCUGCGUCAGGUUUCUCGAAAGCAUUGCUCCCUCUAAGCUAAAGAACCAAGGGCACCUUUUUAGCCAUUUCAGAAAUUUCUAAAUGCACAGGUUCGUUUUUUUAAAAAAAAGGAGAGAGAGAGAGAGAUUGAAGUCCUUUGUUUUUGAAGCACUUUUUAGAUUUCUUUUUUAAUUUAAAUGUUUCUUUUUUUAAAAAAAGGUGAACUGUUUUGGCCGAAUGUAAUUGAACAGGGAGUGUGUGUGUUUGUGAGACAAGUGUGAGGGGAGGAGGGAAAAACGGGUUGGGUGGGAAGAGAUGGAUGUUUUAUUUAAUAAAGAAAAAAGCAAUAAAACCCACAAAAAUAUAUAUAUACAAAAGUUCAGAAACAAAGAAGUCUUAGCACUUUCCAAUGGAACGGGUACUUUGAAAUCACUUUAUCUUAAUUUAAAAGAAAUAUCUAUCUAUAUAUAUAUGAAAGAAAGAAACAAAUAUGUUUACACGUUGAAACCAUCUUCUACAGAAAGAAAUUUAUUGUUGUUUGUUGUUUUUAUUAAGAUAAUUCCUAAAAUCGAAUUUAUUUUUGUAAGAGAAAAGCAAAACAAAUGUAUAUAUCUUAUCUAUCUUAUCUAUAUAUUUGAGAGCGAGCGAGACAUAAAUGAAAUCCACCAUUUUGGUUUGUGGAUUGAGACAGAAACAAAAAUUAAUAAAAAUGGGAGGACUGAACUUAAUUAGAUUCUGUGACACAGCAAAAUUUAGAGAAAAAGCCCUCGGAAGUGAUUUGCACUUCGAAAAACAUAAAAUAUAAAAAAUGGAAGCUUGAAUUUUAGGCAGGAAUCAUUGGGUUAUUUUUGUGUAUGGUUUUUCUCCCCUCUUUCAAUUUUUUUUUUUUAAGUGUCUAUUGCCGGUGCUGGCUUGUAUGUUUUCUGACUGGUUUUUCCAUCAUCCAGCCGCAACAUCAGUCCUGGGACCACCUUUAUCCGAAAGUCGGUUUCGACAACUUGGCUGCCUCCCAAGAAGCCUGAUUUAUUUUUCACGGGGUUUGCGGGAUGGAACGUGGCAGAGGGGCGUCUGAUGGGGGCGUUGAGCAAGACCCCCUCGGUUCGUGUUGGCUUGCCUUCAAACCGCUCUGUCUCUGGGUGAUUGCGUAUGUCGCCUGACGGUGAGAUUUGGAGAGUGGCGACAAGGCGAAUCUCUUCUUGGGUCACCCAAAACUCAAGAUUGAACACAACAAGCUUUUUAACCUCAUUUGGUCCCUUGGUGCAUGUACCAUUUAAAGUCCUCUUCACCUCUAACCCCCCGCAUGCUUUUCUGGUCAGGCUAUUUCCCUCUCCUUGGGAGAAAUGGGGUUCUGAUCCUUUAUAGCAAAUUAAGGCUGAGGUGAUGGUGCGUGAGGAGAAGAAUCCGUUUUUCUGAACAUCGGUAGAGGUGCGUCUGGUGUCUAGGAGACAGAUCGGAAAAAAGUAGACAUGUACCUUACUGCUCCAAAAAAACACUACCCCACUUUGAGAGCCUGGGGAUGGGGGAAGAGGGAGGCCACGUUUUAACAGUGGGAAAAGAUUGGUUCACAAAAGUUGGUUCUCAGAAGGUAGCAUUCAGUGUACCCACUGCUGAGCGACCUCUGUGAGAGACGACGCAUAUCCCGGUUUCGUAGUUUGGGACUGGCCAGAUGAGGGCAGCUGCUGACCCGGAAGGAUUUUGGCAAAGCCAAGGAUUGGGAGUAGAUCCUUUUUAAACCGCUGAUCUAGAUUGCCCAGAUCUUGCAAAUUUUGAACGAUGCAUUUCUAGCCAAAAUUUCUCCCUGCAAAUCCAAUGGCUUGAAAUAUACAUCUCUGUGUGUACACAUUUGGUCAUCAAACGCCACGCUCUUGGACCUUUCCUCUUCCUCCUUUACCUACCCAGCCUAUUCGGAGAAAGCUGAAGGUGGUCCCAGCACUUGGAUGGAUGUGGCCCCAUCACCCCCCCCUCCUUUCUCACUUCCAUAGAGAUCCUCGGCUUGAGCACUGACUUUAAAACGAUUGCAUAUGCAAAACCUAGUGUGGACUUUGUAAAUAGAUAGAGACAUGAGAUUCUUUUAUUGUAAUCAAAAGUUGUGGUAUCUCUACCAGUUCGUUUUACACCUUCUGUUUCCAUGACUGUUUAUGUUUUGUGUGUAUUUUGUUCCCUCCCCCCCUUUUUAUCUCAAUCUCUGCCACCUAACAACCAAUCAGUACUCAGUAUUCCCUUCCCACCCAUUUCACUCUCCGAUCGAUCGUGGACAGUUAAAAACAUUUGGUUCUUGCGGGGGGGCCCUUCAAAGCCAGGGAGUUUUCUUAUUGUGGAGACAAGGCAAAAGUUUUGUUUUAACACUGUAGAUCUGGUAAGAAAAAGCAGCCAGACCCUUUCUCACCCGCUCAAUCCUCCCCCAGGCAUAAGAUUGCCUCCGGUAUACGUCAACACCAGUUUAUCCUGAAGGGGGUUGUCCUCUGCCAAGGAAAUGGCAAAAGUCCGAGUGGAGUGGAGCAUGGCACUGUGACCAACUUGUUUUCUUGACUCAGAACCGCUGUUCCUUGGCCAGGGAAGUCCCACCGUCACCCUCAAUCCAUACCGGUGUUUUAUGCUGUGACUCCCCACGGAAUCGAGGAGGGCCUUGUAUUCCAAAUUGGCUGCACCCUGACUCUCCAAGGCCACCGUAGAUUUUGCCCGUCUAACAACGCGGUAUGAAGCCAUCGACUGCCUCCAAGCAUGCAUGUUCAACUUCCUCUCAUCCCUCCAUCUCCCAUUUUUCUAGAGUUUCUCCCCUCAGUCUCUGCACAGCUUGCCGGCUGGUUUGGGGUUCCCAUUGCGGGCACAUCGGUACUACCAAUUUAAGCUGGUUUUAACAGUCCCGCUGUCUCCCCCCCCCCCAAGGAAUCCUGUGAAGUGUAAUGGAGUUCUGUCAGGGGGAAGGGCUAAACAGGGAAGAGAAUUCUCAGCACCCUCUUCAAACUACCAUUCACAGCAUUGUUUGGGAGAGAGUCAGAUAGGUAUACUGGCUGCAAAUUGUUUUUUUAAAUUGUGCAGACCUGUCCCUUUUUUUUGUUUCUGAACAGAGAUACUGCACCUUCUUUAUGAUGAGUUCCAUAACCCCCCCCCCCAAGGGUGGGUGUGGAUUGGGGAAUGAAAUCUGAUGCAGGAUACUUGGAGUGCUGCUAAGCUUCAAGCAUCAGCGCUGGCAACACUUUAACACAAGCCUUUGAUGUGUUUGCACUAGAAAAAUAAGAGAGAGAAAUUAUGUACCUUUUCCGUGCAGGGAGGCCCUUACCUCUGAAUACAUUUUGCCUUAACCUUCUAAUUCCCCUUUGAGCAAAUGAUCGCACACAAACACAACCACACACACAGGAUAUCUCUUUGCAUGCAGGUUCCAACUCUUCGAAUCACAUACUGUAUAUAAGAUGUUUGAUUUUUUAAAAAUUAUGAUUAUUGUUUUUUAUUUUGUUGGGUUUUUUUUUUUUUAAAUGCAGGUUGUGAUAAAGUGUUGCCAAAGAAACUAUUAAUGAUUACCAUAUUUCAGGAAAAAGGAAAGGGGAAAAAACGCUUCUAAAUGACAUCACCCUCACAAAAAUACAGAUGCAAACAUGUUUUCCUUACUGGCUGGUGUUUUUUUUGUUUUAAUUAUGCAUCCAAAAACGAAUUUGUCAACGUCAUUUUCGGUCAACUGGUUGAAGCUGUAUUUGUCAAGAGUAUGUGGGUCCUCUCUGUCAGUUUCUUCCAGGCAUUGUUGACAAGUCCAUUCUGCCCCCGACUUCCAGUAAUUGGAGUUUUGGACAACAUGGGGGUGUUUUUUGGGAGGAGGAAAAAUACAUGUGGGGGCAGCUGGGUAGGGAGAGAUCUUUGGAGAGGAGUGGAUUCCACUGGGGGGGGGGAAUUAAGAAAAGCUUCCAUCAAAAGACUGUUGGCACGAUCGAUGACGUUGGGGGGUUUUGAUCUGAGAAGGGAGAGCUUUUUGGCUCAGCAGCCCGGGGUUGACAGAGGUGGGAUGCAAUUUUCUGACGGCCUACCUGAGAUCCUGACUGAGACGGACACACAAACUCAAAGGUUGCCUUUGCUCUUUGGAUCUUUCUGUUUGCUGUUGUUUUCCCUCUUGCCUUCUGUAAGCUGCUCCCUUGACGAUUCUUCUGCAAGUGCGUAUUUUUCCCCACCAUCUUCGUGGAUGGAAAGAGGGCUUCACGGAUGGGCGGGAGAGCCGUGUGGUCAACAUCCAACAGAGGGACAGAGAGGGAAGGCAGUCUGUUCCCCCCCCCUCGGGCAACACGGUGAGAUCAGGAAUGGCAGAUUCCUCAGGCAUCCUGCUAUUAAUCUUAUAAUAAAUUCUUAACUCUUGUUGCAUAGAUCUUUGGGCUAGCAGUGGCAAAGCAUGGGGUUGUAAUCUUUGCAAGUGGGGAAUGCAUUCAUCAUGGGAUAUCUUCUUGCAUCCCAGAGUUAGCAGUUGGCAGAAGCGCAUUGACGUGAAGCCAGGGCAUGUUACAAUCUUUCCUGCUAUUGCUGCUAUUGCUCUCACCGUGAACUCGCCAGCAACCUGGCUCUUGAAGUGUCCCAUCUUUCCAAAAGAGCCAGUGGCAGUGAGAUCUUUUAGGAACCUCUUGGAAAAGACGAGAGAGGGAGCUGAGGCCAGGCAACACUGGUGUUUGGCCACCUUGGCUGCUGAUUCUCACACACGGAGGAGAAGCAGUUCUCAGAUUGCUCUUGGCCAACGAGUCAGCCAAGACUUUUUGCCUGCAACCGCUGGGCUGUCAUCUUGUAUUUUAGAAGAGGUCUUGAUUUGACUGAAGUGGUGUCUGUGUACUGCUUCACACCUACCCUCCUUCUCCUCAGCCCAAUCCCACAAAAAAUAAAUAAAAUAAAAAUAGCCUUAACCAGAAAAGGAAGAGACUGCAUCUUGAAAACGUUUAGGAUGCUCCUCCUUUGCACUAAAGCUGACCCGUUGGGUUCAAUGGGUAAUAUUGUUUUGUUGCACUUUUAAAAGAAAAAGCUUUUGAAGAUGUGUUGGCAACUUGUUUUCAAGGGCGAAAUAGGGCAGAGGCUUUGAGCAUGAUUUUUUUGGGGGGGAGUGCAAGUUAGAUGUAUGGAAAGGCCUUGACGUUUGUUGAGAGGGAUUUCCUACUGUGUAUCCUUUAGGACUGAUUCUCUUCAUUCUCUGUUCUGCACCCUCGACAUUUCAUGAAGAGUUGUAGGAAGUAGCUACUUGGGGAGGAUCUUGCCAUCGGUGGCGAAGACAGCCCGGAAGUUGGGGGGAACGAUCGAGAAUCUUCCGUGCUUCUAUGAGUUCUUUCAUUAGGCUGAUCUCAUUUGUUCCUCUCCUGUGACUUGGUUGACGCCAUCAGGAAAGGCAUGUUGCAAUUCUUCAGUGUGACUGAUACCAGAAUCUUUCUCUCUCUCUCUCUCAAAAUCUCUUGCUGCUCCCCAAGUUUUAAGGCUGCUUGCAAAUCUUUAAUCCAGUCGCCCCGUAAUCAGACCUCUUUUGUUCCCUCUGUCUUUCUGUAACCGAUCAAGCAGCCCCACUCUGCUAUUGAAAAUGAAUCUAUAGAUCUAUUUAUGUUUUCAACAGAUGCCGAAAGUUUUAGUUCAGUUUAAGAGGGAGACCUACAGUGUUGAUGAUGCUGUGGGGUGUUUUUUUAAAGAUCUUUUUUAAAAGAGCAUUUAGCUAGUUGUUCACGUUAGGUUCUGUUGGUGGGUACCCCGCUGAAAGUUUCUUUUUUAUAUGAUUGCUUUGCUAAAGAGAGUCAUUGUGUAACAGAACUUCCCCUCACUCUUGUCCCCCUGUGAGACCCAAACCCACAAACCCAAACCUGCUCCAGAGGGUUAGGAGAACCUCAGAGUAGAUUUGGGGACACACAGGGGGAGGAGAGGAGGAGGUGUGUUGUAUUGCACAAACAGAAGGCAUCCCAUUUGCACAAUGACUUAAUUGGAUCCAACCCUAUAUGGAUAAUAUAUGGGGGGUGGACACACACAGACACACACACAGAGUUUAAACUUUUUUCUGGAAGUGGUUUUCAAACUAUUUGUUCUCUCAACCAGGCACCAAAUUGUUCUGAUGCUCUCAGGGGUGGGGAACCGGUGGUCUUCCGAAUGUAGUUGAGACCCCAAAUCUCAGCCGCCGACACGGCCAAGGAUCAGGCAUGAUGGGAGAUGUCGCCCUCCCCAAAAAAGUCUGGUAGGGCCGAAAGCUCCCCAUCCUUGUAAAUACACAAAAGAAAACGGGAAGGUGGCAUUGGAAGGGGGCACUUCUUUUUUUAUUGUCAUCGUUUUUACCUAUAAAGAGAAUAAUCUAGCCAGAGCACUCAAAACUCAACUUUUUAAAGACAAACAUACCAACAAACCUUUCAGUGACUAAUUUACUGUUGUCAAACGAGGUGAGGGAAAAGCACAGAAAGACAUUCCAUAGAUUGUAUGUUUUGAUAAUUUGUUUGUUAGGAGAAGCAGGAAAAAAAAGUCAGGAAAUGAAAAUAUAUAUAUAUAGAUAUAGAUACAGAUAUAUAAAUAUAUAAUAUAAAAUGCACUUUUUUGCGGGGAGGGGGCUUUAAAAAUAAAUAUAUGAUUAGAA